CACCGGUUGAGGACCGUCAGCCUCUUUAUUUUUGGGAUUCUUGCUCCGUAGUAGCGAGCAACCCGUCUCGUGGUACCUGAUAAAUGCAAGAUACGGUGGAUAUGGUGGACGAUCCCGAUUACGACGAGGAGGAGCCCUCCUUCAGCGACCCGGAGGACUUCGAGGACGACAUCGAGGAUGAGGAACUCCUCGAUGACAUCCUGAGGGAGAAGCCCCAGGAGGCUGACGGCAUAGACUCGGUGGUGGUGGUGGACAAUGUCCCUCAGGUGGGGCCGGAGCGUCUGGAGAAACUCAAGAACGUCAUACACAAGAUUUUCUCCAAGUUUGGCAAGAUCAACACCGAGUUCUACCCAGAGGCUGACGGCCUGACCAAAGGGUACAUCUUCUUGGAGUAUGGCGGCCCCAGCCAGGCCCUGGAGGCGGUAAAGAACGCGGAUGGAUACAAACUUGACAAACAGCAUACGUUUCGGGUGAACCUCUUCACCGACUUUGACAAGUACAUGAACAUCAGUGAUGAGUGGGAAACUCCAGAGAAGCAGCCGUUUAAAGACUUUGGAAAUAUGCGCCAUUGGAUUGAGGACACGGACUGUCGUGACCAGUACAGUGUGAUCUACGAAGCUGGAGAGAGGACCGCCAUAUAUGACAACGAUGCUAAGGAGCCAAUCGUAUCAGAGGAGAGAGCCCGCUGGACGGAGACGUACGUGCGCUGGUCUCCUAAAGGCACCUACCUGGCCACCUUCCACCAACGGGGCAUUGCAUUGUGGGGCGGUGAGAAGUUCAAGCAGAUUCAGAGGUUCAGCCAUCAAGGCGUGUCCCUCAUUGACUUCUCACCAUGUGAGAGGUACGUGGUGACCUUCAGUCCACUGAUGGACACAAAGGAGGACCCACAGGCCAUUAUCAUCUGGGACAUUCUGACCGGACACAAGAAGAGAGGUUUCCACUGCGAGAGCUCUGCACACUGGCCCAUAUUCAAGUGGAGCCACGAUGGAAAGUUCUUUGCUAGGAUGACUUUGGACACGCUGAGCAUCUAUGAGGCACCAUCAAUGGGUCUGCUUGACAAGAAGAGUCUCAAGAUUUCCGGGAUCAAAGACUUCUCAUGGUCCCCCGGUGACAACAUCAUAGCAUUCUGGGUACCCGAGGACAAAGACAUCCCCGCCAGAGUGACUCUGAUGCAGAUGCCUACCCGACAGGAGAUCCGCGUCCGAAACCUCUUCAAUGUGGUCGACUGCAAACUGCACUGGCAGAGAAAUGGAGACUACCUGUGUGUAAAAGUGGACCGGACUCCCAAAGGAACACAGGGCGUCGUCACCAACUUUGAAAUCUUCCGCAUGAGAGAGAAGCAGGUUCCUGUCGAUGUGGUGGAGAUGAAGGAAGGCAUCAUUGCGUUCGCAUGGGAACCCAACGGCAGCAAGUUCGCUGUCCUCCACGGAGAGUCUCCCCGAAUCAACGUCUCCUUCUACCACGUCAAAAACAACGGCAAGAUAGAGCUCACAAAGACGUUUGACAAGCAGCAGGCCAACAGCAUCUUCUGGAGCCCCCAGGGACAGUUUUUGGUGCUGGCUGGACUCAGGAGUAUGAAUGGAGCUCUGGCCUUCGUGGACACGUCGGACUGCACCUUGAUGAACAUAGCGGAACACUACAUGGCCUCUGAUGUGGAGUGGGACCCGACCGGCCGCUACCUCGUCACCUCCGUCUCCUGGUGGAGCCACAAGGUGGACAAUGCAUACUGGCUGUGGACGUUCCAGGGCCGUCUGCUCCAGAAGAACAACAAGGACCGCUUCUGUCAGCUGCUCUGGAGACCCAGACCUCCUACCCUGCUCAACAUAGAAGAUAUCAAGACGAUCAAGAAGGAUCUCAAGAAGUACUCCAAGAUCUUUGAGCAGAAGGAUCGUCUGAGCCAGUCGAAGGCUUCUAAGGAGCUGGUGGACAAGCGCAGGUCCAUGAUGGAUGAUUACCGUAGCUACAGGGAGACUGCACAGCAGACCUAUCUGGAACAGAAGAGCUUGCGCCUCGAGCUCAGAGGAGGAGUGGACUCUGAUGAGCUGGACAGCAAUGUGGAAGACUGGGAGGAGGAGACCAUUGAGUUUUUUAUCAACGAAGAAAUCAUUCCCCUUGGAGAUCUGUAGUCCCUUCGCAGUCAAUCCGUUUUUGUGUGGAAGGAGGAGAGAGGAACUGCGUCAUUGAUUGGAGGACGACAACCACGCUGUGAAUUUUAGGGUUCAAGAACCUUAAUAUUCAUAUUUAGCGACAUCAUCAGAGCACGCCUUGUGGAUCAGCAGCCACAUCCAGAGACAAGAGAGGAUACUUUGUAUUUAAUAUUUUCUCUUUGUCUCAGAGCAUCAUUUUUUUUAUUUUUUUUGUGGAACUUGGUAUUUAGUAAUACUGCCUCCUUUUUUUUUAUAUUCACCAACCGGAGUAACUCGCUCACUAAUCUCAGCCCCGCCUCUUAUCGGACCUUCUUUUUUCCAGGGGUCUGUGUUCUGAACUAGCCUCACUGUGCGAGUGUGUUAUCACAGGUUAGCACAGGGUGCCAUGCCAGCGGGGGGGGGCGGGGAUGUGACUAAACGAGGGGCCUUUGUUAGAGAUGUGCUGAUGUGGCGCUAUAGUGGCCUGUAUCCUCCUCCUUUCAGAUUAGCCUUUCACACAGGGAGUGCGUGCGCAGUGGGAAUGACUUUAAAUAAACCUUCAAACACAAUGCUA